AUGUCAGAAAGCUCUUCAGGUGUGAACACACUCACUGGCAGUUUCCCCAAAUCCCACUCAUCCCAUGGCUCUGAAUUCAGGGUUACAGGCACACCUCUGUCUGUGGACCAAAGUCCUGACUCUGGACUAGUAUCUACACCCCUUCCAUCAAGUCGGUUCCAGUUUGCAUUGUGGCAUGGCCUGGAGCAGUGUGAUGUCACAGGUGACCAGCUGACGUGCCCCAGGGUUAGAGAAGGGCCAUCAGAAGAUGAGUUACAUCUAAAAGAGAGGGGUGGCAUCUGUUUGGAGAGAGGGAGGAGCAGGAGAAGAGAGGAACAAGGACAGAGAUGGGAGGAGAGGCUUCAAGAGAACUGGGAAAACUGUCUGGAGUUAAAUUUGUCCUAUCAGGACUUGGGUGAUCCCUUCCAGCAAGAAAAUUUCCUCCGAAUCCUCCGCCGGUUGAUCCGAGUGGAGAAACUUCAACUGAUUGACAACUCCCUCACCAGCCUGAGUUCUGUACGUCUGCCAAGGUGCAGAGUGUUAAACCUGCACCGUAACCACCUGGUGUGUCUGCGUCAGCUGCCAAAGCUCCCCGCAGUGGAGCACCUUUGUCUGUCUGAGAACGCCAUUGGUUCCCUGGGGGGACUGGGAGCUCUGGGGAACAGCCCACUCCGUUCCCUGAACCUGACCCGCAACCCAGUGACCUUCACUCAGGACUACCGUGCACGUGUUUUCUCCUGUUUGCCAAAUCUCGAGGUCCUGGAUGGAAUCCCCAAGCUGCCAGAAGACUUGCUGCCCCCCAGUUUACUGCUCCCAGAAACCAGCAGGAUGUGUAAUAUUUUGUGACAUUCCUCCGUGGUAGCCUGCACUUUGAAAAUGUCAGCUUUCAGAGAUCUCCUCUGAGGGAAAGUGGCCAGGUAACAUUUAAAUGAAGGACUUAUUUACACAAACUGUCAUACUUACUGCCGUUAAGGUCACGGGUUGAGGCAUUAAGAAGAAUAAUCGUAAGGUAAUGCUUUUAGUACCAAGUAACAACUACCAGUAUAUUACUGAUAUUUUUAAAUUUAGAUUUAUAUACAAUUUACAGCUAUUUUGAUAAUAAA